UAGUAUUCCGUGUUAUAAAUUAAUACAAACCUCGUGUUUGCGUGGUUUGCGUCGAGUGAAAGAGGUUGUGGGUGUAGAAAAAGAGGUUAGCCUGCGUUUUGAGCACUGAUAAGAGAUUUUGAACGUGACAGGUUUUAAGGAUUUACUCAAAAUUUUAUACGCUAAUGUAAAUUAACAUUGCUGUAAUCAUGGCGGUACGUGUACAGUUCGAAAAUAACAAUGAAAUUGGCGUCUUCUCCAAGUUGACGAACUCUUAUUGUCUCGUAGCAAUCGGCGGUUCCGAGAAUUUUUACAGUGUGUUCGAAGCGGAAUUAGCUGAGACCAUACCGGUAGUACACGCUUCCAUUGCGGGAUGCCGUAUUAUUGGUCGGUUGUGCGUUGGAAACAAAAAUGGAUUAUUAGUCCCUAAUACAACGACAGAUACAGAAUUGCAGCAUAUACGAAAUUCACUACCAGACAAAGUUAAAGUACAGAGAGUAGAAGACAGAUUAUCUGCUUUGGGUAAUGUCAUUGCAUGUAAUGAUUAUGUGGCUCUAGUGCAUCCCGAUCUUGAUAAGGAGACAGAAGAGAUUUUAGCUGAUACGUUGAAUGUAGAAGUAUUUAGACAAACUGUGGCAAGCAAUGUUUUAGUAGGAUCGUAUUCUGUAUUAUCAAAUCAAGGUGGUUUGGUACAUCCCAAGACGUCCAUACAGGAUCAGGAUGAAUUGUCAUCUUUGUUACAAGUGCCACUUGCUGCAGGUACAGUAAAUAGAGGCAGUGAUGUCAUAGCUGCAGGAAUGGUGGUAAAUGACUGGGCAUCCUUUUGUGGUAUGGAUACAACUUCAACGGAACUGUCUGUUAUUGAAAGUGUUUUUAAACUUAACGAAGCUGCUCCAGCUGCUAUUACAUCGACUAUGCGUGCAUCACUCAUAGAAAGUAUGUCUUAAAUAACGGUGAACUCUCUGGAAGAGCACAAAAUAUACUGACUGACAGCUCAUAACGUUGUGCAAGUGUAUAUAAAUGUAAUUGUGUCCAUACAACUGCACAAUGCUGUGCUUUCAACCAUACAACUAUCAACAAUACAACUGCAGCAAGCACAUUCUCUGUAUGAGUUUAUGAAUACAAUUAUGACAGAAAUCUGUAACUAAAAUUUGUAUGAAAAGUAUAAAUUCUAUCUGGAUUUUUUCCAAAGCAUUUCUAAAAUUAUAGCAAAAGUACCUAUGUAUACAUAUAUAAUGUAUACAUACAUACAAUACAUAUCUCCCUCACAAUCAAACCGCUUAGUAGAUAACGAAUCUCUAAAUUAUGUGUAUGUGUAACAGACUAAUAUUAAUAUACUUACCUUCGCUAUAUUUAA